GAGUGCACGCAGCGCCGGCCCGAGCGCAGCGCAGCGCAGCGAGGCGCGCAGACCGCGAGCAGCCCGCGACUGGACGGGCCCGGCUGCUGGACCCGCGCCGCUGCUGCCCUGCUCGCUCCCCGCCGCCGCCCAUGAGCGCUGCGCCGCGCGGCCCGGGUCUGUAGGCGGCGGGGCGCCCCCCCCAUGCUGCUGCAGCCCGCGCCGUGCGCCCCGAGCGCGGGCUUCCCGCGGCCCCCGGCCGCCCCCGGCGCCAUGCACGGCUCGCAGAAGGACACCACGUUCACCAAGAUCUUCGUGGGCGGCCUGCCCUACCACACCACCGACGCCUCGCUCAGGAAGUACUUCGAGGGCUUCGGGGACAUCGAGGAGGCCGUGGUCAUCACCGACCGCCAGACGGGCAAGUCCCGCGGCUACGGCUUCGUGACUAUGGCUGACCGGGCGGCAGCUGAGAGAGCUUGCAAAGACCCUAACCCCAACAUCGACGGCCGCAAGGCCAACGUGAACCUGGCAUAUCUGGGCGCCAAGCCGAGGAGCCUCCAGACGGGCUUUGCCAUCGGCGUGCAGCAGCUGCACCCCACCUUGAUCCAGCGGACUUAUGGGCUGACCCCCCACUACAUCUAUCCGCAAGCCAUCGUCCAGCCCAGUGUGGUGAUCCCGGCUGCCCCCGUCCCGUCGCUGUCCUCGCCCUACAUCGAGUACACGCCAGCCAGCCCGGCCUAUGCCCAGUACCCGCCGGCCACCUUUGACCAGUACCCAUACGCCGCCUCGCCCGCCACGGCCGCCAGCUUCGUGGGCUACGGCUACCCGGCUGCCAUGCCUCAGGCGCUGUCGGCCGCAGCCCCCGCGGGCGCCGCCUUCGUGCAGUACCAGCCUCCGCAGCUGCAGCCCGACAGGAUGCAGUGA